AUUUAAAUGGCGGCACUCAUAGAGCAUUAAACAACACUGAACAGUUUGAGAAAGUGAAAGAUAUCUCAAUUAUAUUUACUUAUUACUUAUCACUUUUAAGGAUACGUACAUUGCAAACUUGGCCAAAUAGAGGUAAUCAAAUCUAUUUCUAUUCUUCUUUUCUCCGUCAAAUUAUAGUUAAACAUUUCCGCUCGAGAUUGGUAUUUGGAGACUCGUCUGAUGUUGUCAUUACUUUUUGUAGACUAAACUUACUCUUCUUAACUUACUAGUCUACUUACUUACUAAUUUGAGAUGUCUGCAACUAAUAGUUAUACUUUUUGUAGCAGCCAAUAGACUAAGUAGAAAAUUGGCUAUUAAGAAUUCAGUAUGUUAAAUGAAUGAAUAGAAGUCUGCUGACAUUGAUUCAUUGAAUUAACUAGACAGAACUGAGACAGAUAGUUGAGAUAGUCUGAAGUCUGCGAUAGUAUCAGUAUCAUAAAUACGAGACUAGCUCUAGUCUAGGACGAGGUGACUAGGAUGAUAUAAAUAUAAGACUAGAAAUAGAAGAGAGAGAUCUUAACCCCUGUCUUUCGGGACAGAGCCUUUUUGGAGUGUCUGUGCAAUAAUAGAAUCAUUUUUAUUUAGGCCUAUACUAUGAUAUAAUUACCCUUCAGUACCAGUUUUUUGAAUAUGGAAAAUCAAGUGUAUCAUCAAUAGUAUGUGUACUAAGUUUAAUCUCGUUCCAUGUGCCCACGCAGGAGCCUUUGUUUGGUAUUAUAUUAAAAAACCCAUAUAAGAAGAGAGAAAAAAAGACCUCCCCCCCCCACCGGUAUUUUAUUAUUUUUGUGAACAUGCCUACAUUUGAAAAUUUCUAUAACAACUUAUAGGUGGUCAAUAAUCUGGCAACAGUGAAAAAUGCAAAACAAAUGGAGCUAUGGAAGGUUGGGGGAUGUUCAAAGAUGCUUUAGAAAUAAAAUAAAAUGAAAAUAAGCGCUGCAUAACUUACCUGGAUUCAAUUUAACGAAGAAUACAUAUACAUAAGUUUACAUGCCAUAAUACAAACUUCUAUCAGAAGUAAUAUAGUGAUAUACGCACCUGAACUGCAAAAUUACAGGAAAUUGAAUGAAUUAUUACAUUCUUUAUGAAUCAAACUGAAAUCUCAACAUACAUCAAAUGAGCUAUACUGAUGACUUAAUUGUAUCCAUUGUGAAUCAUUGUGUGAAUUUUUUGAUAGAUGAAGCCUGAAUAAGUCCUAACACUAGUCACUAGUGUUUUGAGAAACAAGGCAUAUGGACACCUCUGGCACAUGGUUCUACUCCUUUUCCUGCCCCCGGCUAUUUUUCAUUUGCUACAGACACUCACUGUAACAGCAGACCUAUUUACUAUACUCUUACAAUUUUGGAAUACAAUGUACGAUUUUCAGAUGUCUUUUACGAUAUGUCAAGACUUGACAGAACAAUGAUUUGAAGAGGCUGGGUAUUUCUAUAUGCAUUCGGGUAGUUUUUUUCAGAUCUUAAAUAAAAAAUAAAGUACAUUUUCGGUUUUUAAUUUUAACUUGCAUUUGCAUUCUCUGUCUAUCAGUGAAUAGAUAAAGAAAUGCGAUUGGGUGUGGACCAUCUAUAAUUAUAUUACGUUUGUCCUGAGAGAGGAAAGGAGUGGUCUAGUUUUAGGAGAUUUUGUUGGGGGGGGGGACUAAAUAUUAAACUCAAUAAUUAACACAGCCCCCACAUUUUCGCAAUGAAAGUGGUGAUCGUUAUAGUGUUGUUUUGUAUUUUCAUUAUGAACUCGCUAGACCUGGCUGCAGUAAUAUUAGCGUAGUCUCCCUAGUGAAAUUUUAGUCGAUCUGCUGCAAUACAUAUAAUACAAACACACAGAGGGGGAAAGGUAGAUUGUUGAUUUUUUUGUGCAGAAAGUACUACGCUUUUAAAAAAAAUUUCCAUAUUCUUUCUGAAAAUAAAAAAAUAGCUUAUUUAUCUAUCAAAUGCUGUAAAAAAAUAUCACACAAUUUUUUUGUAGGAAUUAUCUUCAUAUUAUUGCCAUGUAUUUUUUAACUCACUAGAUUUACUCAGACGGUACUAAUUAGUAUUUAGUCCACCGUAUUUUCAACUCACAUGUGACAUAUACAGACCUGUUUACUCAUAUGAUUUUGGCGUACAAUGUACAAAUUUGAGAUGUCUUUUACAAUUAUAUGCCGAGACCCGCCAAAACUACGAUUUUUAGAGACCCGGUGGAAAAAUAUUUGUGUAAUUAUUUCAGCAAAAAAGGUUGGAGGGUAGAAAAAUUAUCCUCACAACGCUGGGGGAGGGUUUUUUUUUAUUACAUAAUUUGACUUUUAUGCCUAUCGGUACUUACUAUACAGAUGGCUCCCCCUCGCGUUAUUUUGUUAUUUCUUAUGGCUGACUGCUGAGAGUACUGUACUGAAACGGAGAAAACUGGAGACUGCAUUCUCAACUGUUAACACGCAGCAAUAUUAGAUUUUGACAUAUUUCAUAGAAUCUGAUAGGGCCUUUGAAAUUUAUAAAACGCACAAAACAGCUGUACCCAUUUAGAGCUUGUGGUUGUAAUCAGUCCGUAAUUUGCGAGAAAUAAAAUAGGAAUAAUGGACAUUUAUUAUUAUUUUUUUAAUUGGUUGAGUCGUUAGAUCAUGACCUCCCAACGAUAACCCAUAUAGUCAAUGAAAGCUUGUUUUCUGGCACUUUUCCCCAUAUUUGUAAGUCAGCUGUCAUCAAACCAUUGUUAAGAAGCCUGGUCUGGAUGAAAAUAAUUUAAAAAACUAUAGACCUGUAUCUAACUUAUCAUUUUUAUCUAAAGUCAUUGAAAAACUUGUACUAAAACAACUUUUUGCUUACUUAAACGACCACUCUCUUCUCAGUCCUACUCAGUCGGCCUAUAGACCUUUCCAUAGCAUUGAGACAGCUCUCCCGAGAGUCACCAAUGACCUCUUGCUCGCACUGGACAGUGGUGAUAUCUCCAUCCUGAUCCUCUUAGACCUCAGUGCGGCCUUUGACACUGUUGACCAUGAAAUCCUUUAUAAAACCCUAGAAAAUUACUUAAUUACUUUGGAAUUUCGGGAUCAGUUUUGGCUUGGUUUAGGUCCUAUCUCUCCGAUAGAACGCAGGCGGUUGUUGUCGAUGGCUGUCUAUCCGGCAGUGCUGACUUGGUGUACGGAGUGCCCCAGGGGUCCGUUUUAGGCCCGGUUCUAUUCAUAAUGUAUACCAGGCCACUGCGCCUCUUGCUCGGGAGGCAUGCUGUGGCGAGCCAGUCCUUCGCAGAUGACACGCAGCUAUACAAGCAUAUCCAUCCCUCUCUUGUCGAUUCUGCUAUCUUGACUUUGCGGGAGAGCAUUGAUGAUGUCAAGACAUGUAUGGCACUCAUCAAGUUAAAGCUUAACAAUGACAAAACGGAGGCACUCCUUAUUCACGAUCAUAAAUCAUCCUCUAACUCAGCGAUAUACAGUUUACAUUCUCCGCUAGAAAUCUUGGUUAUAUUCUGUCUAACAAUUUGUCUCUCGAUAAUCAUAUCUCUCACAUUUGUCGCUCUGCAUAUACCGACAUUCAUCAGAUAAGCUCCAUACGCCAAUAUCUUACAGUUGGUGCAACAAAAACCCUAGUCUGUGCUCUUGUUCUCUCUCGUCUUGACUAUUGUAAUUCUCUUCUAUCAGGUUCACCUAAACACUUCUUAGAGAAAUUACAAAAGGUUCAAAACUCAGCCGCUAGGCUAAUUCUAAAGGCAAGAAAACGUGAUCACGUCACACCACUACUUUAUUCACUUCAUUGGCUCCCUAUACAAACACGUAUUGACUACAAACUCUCUGUUCUCUGCCACAACAUUUUCUCGAAUUCCUCCCCUUCCUAUCUAACCGAACUUCUUUCUGUCUAUUCACCCCUUCGACAGCUUCUCUCCUCCUCAGACGCGUAUUCUUUCUGUCCUCAAGACUCGCACAAAAACAUACGGUGAAAGCUCAUUCUCUUUCUGUGCACCCAAACAAUGGAAUUCUCUUCCAUUACACAUCCGCAAUAUACCGACCAUCACAAACUUCAAAACUGCACUCAAAACACAUCUCUUUAUUCUCUACUAUCCUGACUGAUUCCCACCUCUGACCCAAAAACAAUGGUACUGUCUCCCAUGGCUUGAGAUUUAAAUGGUUUUAAAUAUACAUUUGUUUUGUUUUAUUUGAUUAAUGUAUAUCAAUAAAUUAUUUAAAAUUUUUUAUUAUGUUUGUUAAAUUGUAUGUACAGCGUGGUGAGCCCAGCCCUAGGCUGGGGUACCACGCUAUAUAAAACCACGUAUAAUAAUAAUAAUAAUAAUUGCUUUUCCUAAAAAUCAAUCUCAAGUUAUUUGGUAACUUUUUUUUUAAUGACGCCCUAAUUUGUUACUGGAUACUAAAUUCUUAUUUUAUGCUUAUCUUACUUCGAGUUUGAACCACAUUAAAUUUCACCAGUGACUUUAUUUUUACCAGUGACAGACUGUGAUAAUGUGAUCUGCACGUUCACCUAAAUAUUAAUUGAUAUCUAUAGCAGAUACACGACUGCAAAAAAAAGAGACAGAAGUUUGCAGUUUACCUACAGUUCCAUUGACACCAGCUUAACUCAAUUUUACUGAACAUUAUUGUAUACAUUAUAUAUACUGUAUUUUUAUUUAUUUUCUAUUAAGAUACUGUAUUGUAUGAAUUUGAGACGAUUUUGUACGAUUUUAGGAGUUUGAAGGUAAACAGGUCUGCGUAUAUUUUGUCCGGCUUCGCCAGUGCUUCUUAAAUUUUAGUUUUUAGUUUUAACUUGCAUUUGCAUUCUAAAUCUAGCAGUGAAUGACAUGAGAAAUACGAUUGGCUGGAGACCAUCUAUAAUUAUAUUACGUUUGCCCUGAGAGGGGAAUUGAGUGGUGUUGAUUUAGGAGAUUUUGUGUACAGGUGGGGGGAGGGUGGUAUAAAUAUUUAAGUAAUUAAAAUUAAUACCUCCACAUUUUCGGAAUGAGAGUGACGAUGGUCAUAAUGUUGCUUUGUGUGUUUUCAUGAUGAACUUGCUAGACACGUCUACAUUAAUAGUGGCCUUAGUGACAAUUUUAGUCAAUCCGAGGUCAUACUUAUACACUGGUGGGGGGUGGAGUUUUCAAUUAUUUUGAUUUUGCCUACGCAUGCUUAUGGGGAGGAGGGGCUCUGCAAAAAAGUAAGUACAUCAUUCAAAAGUUUUAUUAUAUUUAUCAUGAAACCCUGGAAGUCGAAAAUAGCAUAAAUAUAUCUCGAAUGCUGUAAAAAUAUCAAGCAAUGUUUAGUAGGAAUUAUCGUCAUAAUGUAAGCAUAUAUUUUCACAAAUAAACUUGGUAAAUCAGCGGUUCUCAAUCUUUUAAAGCCGCGACCCUGAAUACAGUUCCUCAUGUUGUGGUGACCCUCAACCACAAAAUUAUUUUCGUUGAUACUUUAUAACUGUAGAGUAUAUUAUGUGUUUUCAGAUGGUCUUAGGCGACCCCUAUGAAAGGGUCAUGUGACCCCCAAAGGGGUCGCGACCCACAGGUUGAGAUAUAAUCAGUUAGUACUAAGUAUUAGAGAUAUUACAGUAAUAUUUAGUCCACAGUACGUCCAAAAUGCAUGUGACAUAUAUUUUGUUGAGCUACACUAGUGUUUCUAAAAUUUUCAUUUCCCCGCACCUAUGCCACAUUCAGGUUAUCACAAGGCGCCUUGUGUUAAAUUCUAACAAGAACACUUCAAAAUAGCGAAUACAUAAACAAAACAAAAUAAAGGGUUGGGUAAAAAUAAAUAAAACACGUAUGUAGGUCACUAAGUGUCAUCUAGUAACCGCAAACAUUACUUUCUCAAGUCGGUUACUGUUUGCACCACAACGCUAUAUGUCACAUUGGAACAAUGGAUUAAAAGUGGAAAUAAAACUAUGAAAAUUUUGUAAUAUUUCACAACACCCCCUUGAGCAAGCGGCAUCAACCCAUACAGAAAGGGGGGGGGGGGGAUGGCGGCGUUCAUAAAAAAUCUAAUGCAACAUUUGGAGUUGCUCUGCUUAUAAUGUGAAUAACCCUAAAAUUUUCGUGAGACACUUAAAAACUAUGAAAAUUUUGUAAUAUUUCACAACACCCCCUUGAGCAAGCGGCAUCAACCCAUACAGAAAGGGGGGGGGGGGAUGGCGGCGUUCAUAAAAAAUCUAAUGCAACAUUUGGAGUUGCUCUGCUUAUAAUGUGAAUAACCCUAAAAUUUUCGUGAGACACUUAAAUACACACAGCAUUAAGCUUGCAAGCUGAUUUUGCACUAAGAUAUGAAAACCUGUGAUCUGAUUUGUGCACACUGCUUAUGGUUGCUUUGUUAAAAUACCUUGGAGGUUAUUAUUUUGACAGCAUCUGCAUUAUUUUCAUAAUGAAUACAUAUUGUUGGUGAUUAACAUAUGAUUUAUGCCACCAAGUGAUGCUUGUUGUACUAAUAGACUAUGGUUUUUGGCAUAUGACAACUUUAAUAAUUAAAGUUGUUUGUUGGAACUUAAAUACAUCACUGCUUCAUUCACAGAUUUAUUGGUCUUGCUACAUCAGCCAAUCCCAAUUAAUCAGCCAUUUUUAUGUUAAUAUAAAUGUUAUUUUGAAACAGCUUAUUGUAAUCAUUUUUAGGUAAUAAGUUGAAAUGAAGACAGAAAGAACUUUAAAAAAACAGAGCUUUGGAGAUGUAACCGACAGUAGGGUUGAUAAGCCUCUGGGGAAAAAAAUUAAUUACAUGUGAUCACAGACAACUCUUUAAGCACAAAACACAGGCUCACACCCUUCUUUUGAAACAACCUUACCCCCUCAAAUCUUUAAUUUGUUUAUUGCAGUAAUCAAACUGGCGGACAGUAAACAAGAAUCGACCAGCCAAAUGGCCAAUCAGCCAACUGUUCCAGAUAACUUGGCUAAGUUUCAGGCAGCUUUAGAUGAAUGGAAUAACAGAUCCAGUAGCACAGGGUUAUAUGAUCCAAUACCCUGUCUUAAUAAGUAAGACAGUCUAAAACAAUUUAAUCAUUUAACUUAAUAAUACUUUGACAGAAAUGUCAGCUUCUUUUAAUGCUUGUAUAAGUUAACAUCAUGAUUUAUUUAUUUUUAGUGAAUAGGACUUACGGGCUUGUCAUUUGCUUGGUAGAAAACUGCAUUGAAAUGGGCAAAAAAUAAUGAUGUACUAAAUUUAAUUUUAUCAGGCAAGAAUUUUAAUGUAAUUUCAAUUGUAGUAAGAUCAAAUAAUAUAUGACACCAUAGCUAUAUUUUGUCAUUAUAAGGCUGGCGGAACUGCUGGAACUUGAAACAGAAGAAUUUUAUAAAAUGGACCCAGACCCUCUUGAUGACAGACCACCAGGUAUAACUUCUCUGAAAUUGACAAACAAAUGUAUAAUCUAACAUCAAACUGUUUCUGAGUAUCCUUAAUGUACAGUUUUUAGUGUUUGAUGAAGAGCUUUAUUUUUUUUUUUACAGCAUUUAUUUAUUUUUUUCAAACUUGAGAUCCAUUGGGUAUAGAUUAUGAUAUUUAUUGCAUGUGAAUUAAGUCAACUAUUACCUGUUUCAGUUUACGACCAAGAUAUACAUUUACUUGGAAUUACAUUUUAAUUGUUUAAUGUCAUCAGGUCGUCAGAUUGCAACCUGUGGACUUGGACAAAUGAUGAAAAUGAUCUUCAAGAAUGAUGAUUUUAUGAACACAGUAAGUGAAAUUGGAAGGCAUCUCAGUUAUGGUAUAAAUUAAGUUCACCUGAAUUUAUUUUUUUUUAACCACGUAGCCAGAGUUUUAAAGACAAUUUGAUUAUUUUUCAGAUUGUAGGCACAUACAUUCUCAGGGGUCAUUAUGAAGAUGGUGGUACUCUUUUUACAGCUGCUUGUCGAGUUCUGUUAGAUCUCUUGCCCGGCCUGGAAACGAGUGUGCCCUUUAGAGAAACGGUAACAAUUUAAUAAAAACAUUUUUCCUACUGUGGUCAUAGAAAAUAAAAUGUUUGAUUACUCCUGCAUCCUAGGAGGCUACCACGACAGGACUGUCAAUAAUUGUUAAAAAUAAUGUUAAACAAUGUCAUUAAGCAAUGCCUUUGAAAGUAGAACUGAUUUGAGUUUUUGUGUUUUUAAAUUUAAAAAAAAUUCUAUCACUUAUAUUUUUAAGCGCCAAAAUAAAAUAAAAAUUUAGUUCCCCCUGUUGCACCCAUACUUUUGUAGUUAUUAUCUAUGCCUACAUACAAUGAGCUCCCACCCCCAUUAAUUAUUGUUUGUUCUUUAUGCCCAGAAAAAUGUUAAAAAUGUAUUUAUCAACUAUUGUGACAUACAAGACAUUUAAAUUCAAGUCACUGAAAACCAGUGAUCUCUAACUUGUGGCGUUCAACCCACAGGGAUGAAAUAUGAAGAUUAAAGGAGGACAUAUCACUGAUACAGAGGUGUAAGAAAUGGGUUUGGGGUGUGGGGGGGGGGGUAGUCCACCAUAGGUGGCACUUUUUUCUUUAUAUUUAUAUUCAAAUGCAGCAUUUUUAGCAAACUGCAGUUUUUGGGGGGGGGGUUGGCAGCUUUUUUGCAAAAGUUUUUGCUCACACAGGCCCCCGCAUGGGAAAAAGUUUUUUCAGGAGCAUUGCUUUAAUGUGUGUUUUGUUAUGGUUCAGCUCCCCAUCCCACCUUUUUUUCUUUUAUCUAGCAGCUGUUUGGUUUAGCCAAAUAAAAUAAUCAUGUCCAAAAUUAGGUCACAUGCUUGGUCAACUAGAAGUAGUCACUAGGCUAAUUAUUACUGUUGUGAUAUCUAGUGAAUUAUGUGUAAAAACAUAGAGCAACAUUAUGACGAUAAUACUGUAACAUUGUCAUAUUCUUAGUGAAAGUUUAGAGCCUUUUUGAAAAUAAUUAUAAAUCAUGGAUUUCACAGAUUUUUUUCAACAGUUGGCUCUAUAAGGGAUGCUAGAGACUUACCAAAAUUUCAGGAUAAUUAUUGCAUAAAUUUAUGUACCUUCUGCCGAUACUCACCUAGCAAAAAACAUAUGUAAUUUAUGGAUGGCUCCUUACUGAUUUUAACUUGCAUUUUCUUCUUUUUAGGAAGGUGUAGUUGAAAGAUUGUGUCACUGGGCAGAGUUUUCUGAUGAGCCACUAAAAUCAUAUGCCACAGGAUUGUUAAGUGGAGCCAUGGAGUUGAACGAUGUUGCUGUGAAAUUCAGAGAAGAAAGUCUACAUUUGGUAUGCAAGCAUAAAAUAGUCAUAAAACAUAGUUUUUAGACCAAAUUUGUGAAUUUUUUUGCCACCAUAAAUGUUUUUCUGUCUUCAAAAUGCUAAUAAAGUUAGGCCGACCAAAAAUUAUACACAGUGAAUUUCUGAUAGAUGAUGUAGAUAAAUUUAUUAUUUUGGACUUCUGUUUAUCCAUAUAGGUUCCAAUAAUGCUGGACAGACUUCAUGAUCUUAUCAAACAAGAGAAAGAAGAAAAAGAGCAAGCUGGAGGGGAACCUAGUGCUGACUCUGGAGGUGGAGAUGGGGAAAACAAAGAUUUUGGGAAACGUCAUUUCUCCCUUGUGUCUGAUAGCUCCAAUGGUUAUUUCUCACUUUUGUUUGAUGGGACUAACUCACCUCACAAAGGUUUGUCAAUUAUAUCAUCAUCAUUAAAUUAUUAUCACUAUGGGCUUUUUAAAACUUAGGUUUUCUUAAGUUUGCAAAUUUUGUGAGCAUAUCAGUAUCACCUUGUGUUCUCAUUUUUACACAUCAAUUUAAAUUUUAUUAAAUUCUCAUUUAAUAAACUUUUGUCAAAGAUAUAUUUGAAUGAGAGCAUUAAACCAUAAUGUCAGAUUAUAAAAACUUUUUUAGGUGCAUCUACUCCACCUUCUAUGGAAAAAGGUGACUACAGAGGUAACUUGAAAAGGGCUUUAUCUCCCAGUCACAGCAGAGGAGAAUUAUAUCCUUUCAAGAAGUUGAGGACCAAUUCAGAAGGAUCGAGUUGUGAGUAUACGUUUUUUACAUUUUCUUCAGUACUCAUUGGAAAUAAAAAAAUUUUGAAUUUUUCCUUAUAUAUUUAUGUUGACUUUAAUUUUGUAUCUUUUGAGUAGUAUUUUCAUGUUUAUUUCUUCAGCAUACGUUUCUUUAAUGACAAAACUUUUAAUGACAUUUUAUUUCUAUUUUACAUCACUUGAUUGUUAAGUGCAAUUUUUUUGUCAGAUUUUGAUGGUGAGCACAGUAAUAGCAGUUGGGCUGAGAUGAGACCAUUAGUAAUAGGUUCAUACUCUCUCUCACCCCUGACUUCAUCAAUGAAGCAACGUCUGAUAUUGCAAUACCUUACUCCUCUAGGGGACUAUCAUGAGGUAAGCCGUAAUGGAAUGAUUAUUUGUGCUAUACAAGAAGUCUGUUUUUAAAUAUGCAUAUUUUACCUUACCAUGUGUGGGUAGCUUUGCAUCAAUAAUCCUAUAUGUAAUUUACGCCAUAUUUGUUCCAGUAGAUAAAUAAUUGUAUCAUCAAUAUUUUCGUUUACUAAUAAUUAUUUAAACUGAAUAAUUUUGUUAAGUUAAAACAAUGAAUAUUUUAAGCUAUGUUUGUGUGCAAACUAAUGAGAUGACUUUGUCACUUGCACUUAUCUAUUUCCUCAGCUCCUGAGUCCUAUCCUUGAACACAAUGCCAUGAGUCUAAUCUUUCACUACAUCAACCUUUCUGAAAACAAAGACAUUAGGCUUGCAUUUGAUGCACUGAGAGUAAGUUAUUAAUAUUUCCCAAUAAUACUUCAAGAAUUUAAUGUAUUUUUCAUAAAUAGUUGUAAUUAGCAUUUUAUUUUUUUACAACUUUUUAUACUGAAUCUUGAUAAAAUAUAGUUAAAUGUAUUAUUACAUUCAUUUUUCUUUCUACAGUUUUUAUCUGUCAUAUUGUGCCAUAAGAAAUUUGCAGCUGAAUUCAUUACAAAAGGUGGGGUUCAGAAGUUACUAGAGAUACAUAGACCUUCCAUUGCAGCCACCGGUGUCUCACUUUGUUUUUACUACAUCACAUAUUUUGAGGAUGCAACUGAAAGGGUGAGAUUCAAGAAACAGAAUUUAAUUAAGUGGUACAUAAGGUUAUCUGGUUAUUGUAAUGCAGAUGAAUGUAUAGUAACAUCUAGAUGAAAUCAUGAUAUAAUUAUAAAAUAAUGAAUUGUAGCAAAGAACAAGUCUGUAAAUAUAAUCACAUGAUUUAAAUAGAAUGAUUUUAAAAUAAUUGAUAACUUGAAAUACAGACAGAGCACAAUUUCUUCUGUUGAAGAGAUUUAUUACAUAUUGAUAUGCUGAGUUAUUGUAAUUAAAUUUGAAAUUUAAUGCAUUGAUAUUGUAUUUUCAGAUGUGCAUGCUUCCUGAGAGUGUACUUUCAGAUGUUGUUUCGUAAGUUUACAAUAGGCAUUUAAAUAUUAAUUUGUUUAAAUGCCCCUUAUUGGUCAUUUUAAAUAUACAUUUACUUUAAUUUCCGCAUGGUUAAAAGAUAGUAUAAUAUCUGUUUAUCAACCCACUUGAGACCGCUGGGGUGAUCUAUCAGCCCAGAGUAUUAUGGUUUGAUAGACAAAAGGCCAAUCUAUUGGCCCAAUAACAAAAGCCUGGAGAUUGGCUGGCAAUUCUUCCUACCAGCUAAUGGUGGCUUCCAUUGAUAUUGUACGGUGUUCUGUCAUUUUAUAUCAAUAUUUUUUUGUACCUAGUGACCCCUGCAAAUGCUUAAAAAAAUAAGAGACUUUGAAUUAUGCCGAGAUGCAUAAAAGCCCAUGGAAAAUAUUUAUGCUAUUUUUCAUAUGGAUUGUCAUUCAAAUAUGGGUAAAGACUUAUUUAGACUUAAACAAUCAUACAUUUUUUUAAAAUUCUGCAAGUAAGACAAUUUUAUUCUAAGUGUAAAAAAGAAAUUGCAUACAUAAAUUAUGCAAAUCAGGCUAUCUCAUUUGCACAAAUUUAGAGAUUUCAGUUAGAUUCAUAAAGAAUUAGUUUAUUUUAUUCUCUACAAGAAGAUAUAUAGUUUUAUAUUUGUAAAGUAAUUAGUAAUUGCAGAGCUUGUGAAAAGGGGUCCGUCUUUUUGGCACAGACAGCCCAAAAAGUCUCUGUCUCAAGAGGGUUAAAACUAAUUAAUUAGAUAAUAAUACAAUUUUUCUUUGCAUAAAUCAUAUUAUAACUUUUAAUAAGGGCUUUUUCUUUUUCUAGUAUAAAAUAGCUUUGUUUAAAUUUAAAAAAAAAUAAUUCAUGGUAUUAAGAAAAAAGUAAAAUUGAACUGCUAUAACCUUUUGCUACUACUUUACAGCUAUAACCUAUGGCUAAUGGAAUGCUCACACGAUUCAAGCCGGUGUCAUGCCUGUCUGUUUUUCUCACAGUCAUUCCCUUACAAAGUUAUUCUUAAUCUUUUUGAUCAAAAAGAUGGACUCCGGCGACUUAUAAAUGUUGUAAGUUUGCUGUUCAGUAUCUUGUAACUAUGAUUACCGUUUCUGUAGAUUCCAGUCAGUAAUUUUUUUUUUGGUUUAGAUAUAAUACAUUUUUGUUUAUAUCAUAUUCACAUCACACAGCCAGUCAGUCUAUUCACACAACAUGUAACACAGUGAGUGUACAAAUUACAUGUCCAUCUUUCCUUUGAAUCCAUGUUAUGAACAUAAAAAUGAUAUAAUAUAUUAUAGCAUUGUUUCAUUUUCAAAGUAUUCUUUAAUCCUUUUAUUAGAUAAGCACGUUGAGCAUUUUGAAUGCAGAAAGUCAAGGCAAUGAAACUGAUGAUGAGUUGCAUCAAAUGCGGCAAGCAGCACGGCUGGUUUGUGAUGCAUUACGAAAGUAUUUCGAAGUACACACUACGCUUAAAGCAGAUGAUCUUCGGAGCCUUCAUCAUCAUGAGGGCAGUAGUUCUUCUUUAAAAGAAAGCAAGGUAUUUACAUUUACCUAGAGAAAACACACAGCUAAUGACAAAUUUUAAAUUUAAUGAGUUAAAUUUUUAAUUUGUUUAAAACUCAGACAUAUAAGAAUAAUGUAUAAUUUAGUAUUGUAAUCAAUUUACAGUCGGUGAAAGGUUGUAAGUAUACAAUGGAAGAAAAUAUGGAUAUCCUGCUUGAAUAUUUGCCUCCGAAAUCUAAUUGGGUCCCUGAGAUAAAUAUCAUCAAACUUGGAGGUAUUACACUUCUCUGUCAACUUGUGGCCAUGUCACCUGAGUGGGAUGCCUAUCAAGGAAAGUAUGUAAUGCAAUUUGAACUAGUUUAUAUAAACGCCAUAUUUAUGAAAGUUGUAACGAUUUUGAUGCAAGGGAACAAAAUUUUGAAUGUACUUCAUUAUACAAUUUUGAUUUCAUUUUAGCUUACCAUUACUUAAAAAUAAUAAAUCUGAAUUUUAACUUUCAUUAAUUGAAUUAAAAAAAUUUUUUAAAAUCAAAUGGAGCCAAGUUAGAAUAAUUCAAAAUCAAUUUAAAAUAUGACUGAUAUUUACUGUUUAAAUUUAUUUUCAUUAAUCUGUUUUUUUGUAGUUGAUUUCUUUUAUAAGUCCUUAAGGUGGUCAAUCAUUCAUAAUGUUUUGGAAUAAUUUAUUUCCAAACUACAAAUAAUAAAAAAAACUUAAACCUUUUCAGAACGGAGACUAUUGUGGCAGCUCUAGAUGUACUGGCAAUGUGUGCUGUAUCACACAGAACACAAGUCCUGCUUUGUGGAAAUGUGGAUUUACCUGAUAACCUAACCUCCCCAAUUAUGAGGUGAUUUUUACUUAUUCAAAUCAUUGUAUAUAAUAAUUGUCUAGAAAAUAUAAAAAUACAUUUGAAAUGUUUGGUUAGAGUUAAUGUUGUGAUGAUAAUUCUUUCAAUUGAUUGGCCAAUUUUGUUUAAAAAGCUUUCUCACCAAAUAAUUUUAUAUAUAAAUUUAAGAGAGAGGGGCUGGGUCCUGAGUUUUUUUAAAGUUUUGAAUAUUUAUUUCUGAUUCAACUAGCUUACAUAAAUAGGAUGGUGAAAAGUAUGUUUCAUUGUUUGUUGAAGGCUCAGUUUUUAUGUAGAGUUUGACAAAUGUAUCAUUGUUCAUUUGUUUUUUUGUUGUUGUUUUUUUCUUUCUUUCCUGAUAAUGUCUGUAUUAUUGCCAGUGUUAUGGUAGGCUUAGUUGAGGGUGAAGUCAUCAAUGACUCAGAGAUUAUUAAAGCGGCAUUACGAGUGAUCAUCAACUGUGUUAGUGGACCGGUAGAAAGGGUAAAUAUAAUAUUUUCAUCAAUUUAACUAGUCUUCCUUAGUCUUAAUUUGAAACCCCAUGCUUAAAAUAUUGAUUUAAUUUAAAGUCAUUUACUCUUGUCAUUUUGAAAUUCUUAUUAUGACUGUUGAAGAAAGAAACUAUUUGUUUGUGAAAAUGAUCAUUAAUAAGUAAUUUAAAAAAUUAACUUUGAAUUGCUUCUCAGUUUGGAAGUGGUGUGGUCCGAUAUCAUGGCAAUCGUAAGAAAUCACAUACUGAUGAAGACAUGCUAUCCUGGAUGUGGCAUAAUGUUCGUACAAACAAUGGCAUAAUGGUAAGCUUCUCUCAUCUUGUUGACAUUGAAAUAUUGAUAGUAAAUAUUUUGAAUAUGUUUAUGCUCAUUUGAAAUUUUAACUUUUGCUAUCUGACAGGAGUCACUGAUUGAAACAGAUAACAAAUAAUUAUUUGAAAGCCAUCUUCAUUUUUAAUUGGUGUUAAUUAUCAUAAUACUCCCAUUUGUUUCUGCAUAUCUCUUUGAGAUUGAAUUUUCAAAGGGCAUCUAUUUGAAAAUAAAAUAAGGAGCUUUAAUGAAAACUAACUGUAAAUUUUAAAAGCUUGUAAUAUAAGUGAUGAUGUUUAUAUCCAUACAUAAGUGUAAGUCAUAGUGCUCAUAUCCACACUGAAGUGUAAGUGAUAGUGUCUAUAUCCAUACAAAAGUGUAAGUGACUAUAUCUAUAUACAUACAGAUGUGUAAGUUAUUAAGCUAUUCUUGAACUGUGGUACAUUACAUAGCUCGAGAUCAGGGUUUCCAAACUUUUUAUAUGUUCAGCACACCAUACUGUUUGACUAAGUCUUGCACCUCGUACAAAUUUUUUGACUAAGUUUCUCACCCCUUUAAAAUUGUUAGAGUAAGUCUCACAAUUCUACAAAAGUAACUAUGCACUUGAAAUUUGGAAGAAGAAAACAAAUUUUAAAUUGAAAUGUAGCACUUAUAAAAUAAACUUGGGACUUGUUACAUAAAGUACUUUGUACCUCGCUUCGAGCCUUAAAUUAGGGUUGAAGCCUGUUUUUGAAAUGAACUUUAUCAUUGUUUAUCAUUAAAGUAAAAUGUUAAUGAAGAAAUAAUAAAAAUUUAACAUUUAUUACCUAAAAUUCAAUGAGUCCUCUGUUCUUUUAAUCACAUUUCCUUGCACCCCAUGAAAUGCCACUCCCGAGAACACACACACACCAUCUCCUCGCCUGGCCCGGCGUCCCUUCCCCCCCGUUGUACACAGGAAUUGAACAGAGCGACAGAUAUUACAACUAAAGCCGUUGGUCUAAAGUAAAUGGCAACAUUUAUUAAAGUGGUCCAUGUUCCAGUGGUUUGAGAAGCACUGAGUUAUUAGUGAUAUUAUAUCCCUACAAAGGCAUUCAUGAUUAUCUUAGUUCCCAUUCUUAUUCUGAGAUGUUAAAUAAUGUUAUUCUGUAUUAAAAUAAUAUAAAAACUGAUUACAUAUUAGUUAAAUGUAACACAUUUCUUUAUGUUACAACCUGCCAUGUUGUGCUCCUUCUCUGAUUGACAGGUGUUGCUGAAAACCCUGAAUGUGAAAACCCCUUUGAUUGAUGCAGAUCAAAUGAGGAUGCUUGCAUGCAAAGCUUUGGUUGGGAUGGCCAGGUCAGAGACCAUCAGACAGAUUGUUGGCAAACUGCCUCCACUCAACAAUGGACAUUUACAAAGUAAGAUAUCAACUUUUUUUUUUAUAGAUCAGAUAGCUGUACAACAAGGUUAACAAAAAUAAGUGUUCCCUUAACUAGAAAGGUUUUCAAUUUUUUUUAUAUUUAAUUUUUAAUUUAUUAAUUUAAUGUAAAAUAUACAAAUCUGAACAUCUUGCUGUUAAUAUUAGAGCAAUAACUAAUUUCUGCUUAUUUUAAAAAAAUGAUUGAUAAGCUUUAAACUCUGAUUUAAUAAUUCAACAACUCUCACAUACCUGUUGCCCAAAUGGUGCAUUUUUUCAGGUUUAAUGAAAGAACCAAUCCUAUCAGACAGGCGUCACAUUCAUCAUAUGUUUUGCAAAUAUGCAUCCACUCUUUUGGAGAAAAUUGCAGGAAGACAGGCCAAUGUCUUGGGUGCUUCCACACUUGAAGAAAUUCGCAAGGUAACUUGACGUUAGCAGCUGAUUUAUUUAUUUACUUUUUAAAAAAUAGUAAUUUGAAAUGAAAGGGAAAGGAACAUUCAUUUUUAAGAUUAUAAUGCUGUUCAUUUAUUUUACAGGCUGGUGUUGUUGCUCAAACAAAAAUUGUUUAUCAGGAAAAAGAAUUGCUACAGCUUAUCCAUGAGCAUUUGUCUUCAAAAGGUACAUUUGUAUUUCUAGAAUUUAAUUUUGUUGAUGUUUUAUUAAUCUAAAAAUGGCACAGAGACAGCUAAUCCUUGAUAUACAUGUUUAUUUAAAUGUGAAUUUAAAUCCAUGAACAUUUUAUAAUCCUUUUCGUAUACUUUUUCAUAAUACAAUACAUAAUUUUACACCUUUUUUUCUUGUGAUUUUUGUAAGACCUCACAUAGCAAACAACUGUUAUGAGCUAGCUCUAAAGUACAUGAUUUGAUUUCAUAAAUUUAUAAGGAAAUGGAUGGAGAUAAGAUAAAUAUAUCUGUUUUUGAAGAUGUAUGUUAAUUACUUUUGUGAGCAGCAUAAUAGAGUUUUUUCUGGAAAUUUAUUUUUCAUCAAGCAUAAAAGAAAGGAGAAACAAAUAUAGAUUCUUCCAUUUUUUAAUAUACAGGAACAAUAUUGAUUUUUGUAGUGUCCUUUGGCUAUUAAAACAUACUUUUCAUACCAGCCACAUGUUUGAUAUCAUAUUGUUUAGCAAUUCAAAUUAAGUGCAUAGAUCACAAUUUAUUUAAAUCUGUGUAUUCAGGAAGCUCUUGUCUUUUAAUUUAAUUACAUUGAAGACAUUUACAAUUUUUCUGUUGAGCACAUGCAAAUGCUCAGAUUAAUUCUUCAAUAAAUUCAACCGGAAUGUUAGUGAUCAGGUAUAUUAAAAGCCUUUCAGAUAUUCCUUAAAGUAAAAGACCAAAGCCACACGUAUAUUUAUAAUGUUAGUCCUCAUUAUCUUAUGUUGCUAGAUAGGAAACUUAAGAAAAUUAUAAUCUGUAUAAAUAGGCUAUUUUCUUGUGUGCUUAAAGUUAAUAGCCAUAAUUCUAUAAUACACUGUUGAUGUAGACUAAUAUUUAUGCAUACUGGGAUUAUAAAAUCUUUAAACUUAUCAUCCACUGUAACAUGAAAACCAAGCAGUUUUUAGGGAAUGUUUAGUAGUUCCCAUGGUUUGGUAUUUUAUGUUGGCACAGUUCACAAAAGUGGUUACUAAAUUUAAGGUGAAACACUAAAAUAUGUUUUGGGUGUAAAUAAACAAUUGUAUCCCUUGUUUACAUUAAAUCCUUAUUAAUUCAUGGUUUUCUGCGUGGAAAAGCUACAAAGGGGGGAACUGGUGGGCCAACAUCACUCAAAUCAUUUAAAUUUAGCCUUAAUACAAAAAAUUAAUUUUUGUUAGAUUUGCUACUGUUAGAUUUCAGAAAAUGAAAUGUUUUUGUUUUUAAAGAAAAUGCUUCACUUGUAUUUCCAUAGCUGGAAAAUUAUUUUAAAAUAACUUAUUAAAUAAUAUUACUAUAAAAUUGUAUUUAUGGCAAACAAAAAGCAUCAGAUUUCAUGGUUGAAAAGAUGAAUAUAUCAUUAACAGCACCUUCCCAUAAAAAAUUAUGAAAAUCUUAUACUUGUUCAGAUAUUUUACCAAUUGGACACUAUAAAAGUUUUAAAGCCACAAGAGGAAAAUAAACAGCAUAAUAAAAUGUAUCUUUCAUAUAUGAGGAUGGUAAAGAGAUAGUGCAAUUUCAUUUGUGAAUCUCUUUUUAUUUCAUUUGUGAAUGUCUUUUCAGGUCUGUUUGAAACUGCAGCAGUAUUACAGAAGGAAGCAAACCUUCCCAGAUGUUCCACACCACCUCCUCACCAUGCCAAUACUUUACACCUUUAUUCACCUAACACACCUAAAAUUGUAAGCUGAAGUUCAAUUAACAACUGUAGUUCCCAAUAUAUCUGUGCUUACUUGAGUGCUGGGAAGAGUGUUGUUAAGAAAGAUAUUUAAGAUUAAAAUGAACACUAUGAGAUGUAGUCCUUAUGAAGGAAUUAUUUACUGUUCUGCUCUGUCUGUAAUAAAUCUUCAUUUUACUAUGAUUAUGUGAGUUUUAUUUUCUGCCUGCUACUUCUUUAUGGUUAAAAAUGAACAUAUUAGUCAAUAUUUACAGUUGUGAUGAAUACCAAUGUGAACCUCUAACUUUGUAUUUCUUGUUUUUCAGGGCAGGCAACUCAGCCAUCCUCCUACAAACACCAAUGUUGCUUGUCAGACCAAUAGAGAAAUAUUUUCGAAUACCUCAACGCCAAUAUCUACAUCAAUAUCUGGUGAGAAAGGUCAGAAUAAUGUAUUUAACCAUUUAACAUAAAUAUUUAUUCAAAUUAAUAUUAUCAUUUUAAUUAGUGUCCAAUGUAUUAAGCGUUUUUUUUAAUAAAAAUAUUAUUAAACACUUUUCAGCCCUUACUCCUGUAGCAGGCCCCUCUUCGGCUCUGAGAAGCCAGGCCUCCAUUGCAGCCACACCUGCUCCAGUCACACCAGGUCCUAUCAAGUUUACCCUCAGUAAAACCCCAGCUUCACAUCAGCUGACUCCACAUACAAAAGUGAGUGUAUGUCAUAUUAUCUAAGAGUAGCCAUCCUGGCAAUUUAUAAACAUUUUUACAAAGUUUUAAAAAAUAUACCUCAUAGCUGGUUCAGUUGUUUUCAUCAUUAGUUUAUCUGUUCAAGUAUCUAGGUCUUUAAAUCUUAUUUAAAGUUUAUUUUUUUCAUGUUAAUUUUGAUAUGUGAAAAAGCUAACAAAUGUUAUUUGUACACUUGGAGCAGUUCAAAUGAGUUUUAUGAAUUACUAAAAGAAAUGAGUGCAUCAAUUAUUAAGACCUUUCUGUUAAUUUGUAAUAAUUAGUGAUGAUCUCUUUCCUUCCUUCACUCAGACAAAGCGCAGAUUUUUAAAGGAACGUGAAGGCUAUGUUCCUCCUGGAAACUCUGGGAGGUUGAAAGGCAAGCAUACUGGUGAUUACAAUGUGUCUCUGGAUAAAAUUGUCACAGAGUAUUUAAGAAAACAGCAUGCUCUGUGUCCUCAGCCCAUCUCUACUUGUCCCACUAUGUCUCUUUUUAUGUAAGUUGGCUUAUUGUUAAAUUGGAAUGGUUUAUUAGAGUUACAUUUCACUUGAAGCACUCAUGAAUAUUUUAACUUAACAAUUUAUAUUUAAAAAUACCUGGAAUAUAAUCUCUGUGAUAUUUGCCAUUAAUUCUAAGUGCAAUAAUUAUCAUUUAAUAUUGACCUAUAACUGUCAUAACGGCCGAUCAUUGGUCGUUAAACCCUUUCUGUGGUGUCACGGCUGAUAUAAACGGCCGCUAGCAAAAUCAUCAUUACAAAUAUGAAUUAUUUAUUUUAUAUUGGUUAUGGGGAAAUCACUCUGUAUAAAUGAGUUUGCUUCCUAUUAACGUUUCUAUUUUUGUGUUAACAUGCUUUUAUCAGGGCUUUUUUUUGUGUGGUUAAUUGGGUGUGGUAUUGCUCAAUUUUUAUUAUACAGCCAUAAUGUCUGAUGCUGGAGAUUGAAAUAUUAACACAUUUGGAAUUGUUUAAAAUGAAAGCAAUUAUUUCAGAGAUUUCCACUUGCUAAUGAUUGUAUUAUCUCUAGCUGUGAUGGCGACAUAAGAGUUAGAUAUUGACAGUUUUACCCUAAGCUUAGUCAUAAUGUUACAAAUUCAUUUGGGAAAGGUGGAAAUCAAACACAGAGACAAAGAUUGAAUCCCAAAGACUUACCCUAAAGAAAGUUAAAGACAGUUAUGUUUACCUUUUGGAGUAUUAAUUAAUAAAAAUGGAUGAAAUAAAUUAAUUUAAAGGGGAAUUUUUGAACUUUCAUGCUCCCUUAAUAUUUUGUAUGACAGAAAUUUGAAGGUAGUGAAUGAAAAAAUUCACCAAUAUUACAAUUUUCAAUAUAAGUACCUAUAAAUUGACAUUUUAUGAAAGAAUUUUGCUUCUAGUGUCUCAAAAACUUGAUUUUAUAAUGGUUUGAACAAUUUAUGGAGCAUUAGGUUGGGUUGAAAUCAGAAGUUGAGUAGUAAAAUUUGACUCACUCUGUAGAGGUGAAGGUCAAAAUCAUCAUACUUAAUAUUUUUUUAAAAAUAUGUUCAUUCUGUUAGACACCUUGUCUAAUGUACUUUCAGAAAAUGUGUACUUGUAAUGGUCUCUUAGUUCAUUUAGAAUGGGAUUUUGUCAUUUUUGACAAGCAUAUGAAAAUGCUAAAAAUUGCUUGACACUACAGAAAAAUGCACUUGGCCAUUAUAGGGUUAAUGAUUUAUUGAAAGUCAGACAACACAGAGACAUUAUUUUACUGCUGAAAGUUACACUCGCAUGAAAAAAUAAAAUGAAGUACUCUGUUAUUUCUAUAGGCCCCAUAGAUGCCCAGAGCCCCUAGGUAAAACUAGUGCAGCAUUUUCUAUCCCGUCAAGGCUAUAUGACAGACAGGUAAGGCUGGACAUUUUGUUACAACUUGCAUCACACUAUUUGGCGAAUCUUUAUUUGAAUAUUUAAUUGUAUUGACAUGCUUUCUAAGUGCAAUAACUUGAUUAGAGUAUCUUUUGAAACAUUGUGUUAGAUUGGCAUUUUAGAAUGACAGUAUUUAAUCUUAUUGAAGAUGGCAUCAUUAGACUAAAUGAUCAAAAGAAUAAAUUGACAAUGUUUUAGAUAAUUAUAGUAUGUCAAUGUAUGCAUUAUUACAAUGUACAUGAUUUGAAUUCAGAUUAUUAAAAUUAGAUAAGCUAUUUAGAUUUAAACAAAAAGAAUUUUGUUAAUGAAGUAGAUUACAUUGUUAAAUGUCACAUUUUUGUUUUAGAUCAAGCCACCAUAUGGUGGUCCAAAAGGCCAGUUCUUAGACAGAAGAUUUAUCCACAGCAAGUAAAUAGUUCCUUAUAUUUUCUGUUAAUUUCUGGUACUAUUUGCUAUAUUCAAGUCAGAAUUGCAUUAGUAGUUCCAAGUGCCUAAAAAUCACAUACCUCUCAACUGCUUGUUACUUUAACUGUUUAAGCAAUUUAUUAGAAAUAUUUGUAAAAAAUAAAUUCAGUCUUAAAAUAGGACCCUUAAAAAAUUCACAGACUAACCGGAAAGAAAGAAUAAUGUUAUAUCUUAACUCAAAAACCUGUGGUAAUUAUUGAACAUUUUACUUGUCUCAUAGAUUUUACUUUCUUGUUUUGUUUAGACUUUGCCCCUUAACAAGUUUUAGAGAUGGCACUGGAGAUGGACUGGCAUGUUGCGCAUUUGAUGUAAACAAAAUGUUCAUUUUAUUUAUUAGUAAUUAUUGUUAAAUAGUUCAUUGAUUAUUAUGCUCUUGGAGAUCUUUAAGAAGAAACAAGUUUGUAAAAAGACUUAUUUAAUUUUUUAAAGAUUAGAAUAGCAAAUUUAAGUAAAAAUGUGUGUAAAGUUUUACAUUGAAUUUAGCAAUUGAGUCGUAUUCUCCUUCAUCUAACUUUAUCAUAAUAUAGAUCAUCCACCUUACUCUGUCGUAAUGUAUUAUUCCUCUUUCAUAAAUAUAAUAAAGGCCAUCCUUCCUCAAUAUUUUUUUAUUUUAAAGUUAAUUUAAUGUGAUUUUAUCUAUGUUAAAAACAUGAUUACACAAUAUAUCUCAAUCUCUAUAUUGUUCAUUAACAGUGUGCUGCUGAUAAUAUAUUUAUUGGUUCCUUUUCUGGAGAUCUGAGGGUGAUGAAUAUUGGCUCCAGUGGAGUAAGCAUUAUUAUAAAUCAGUUUACUAGGUUAAAUAGAAAAGUUCUGGAAAACUGGAUUAUCUAAGCAAUGUGGGAGCAAUAUUAUUAAGUAAUGUGUAUCUUCUUGUUAUAAUUUGUGAAUUAAAUAUAAAACAUCUAAAAUGUAUUUAUUUUCUUGUCCUUAGACUGACUUCUAUAGCACAGUGUGUCAUUCUUCACCAAUUAUUCACGUCAGUACCUCUAAAGUGGUAUGUUUAAAACGUCUUUUAAUAGAUCUAUUGGUUUGAUAAAAACCUUUGUGCAAUCUGUUCAUUAAAUAUAUGAAAUGAAAGAUAUUCUUACAUAUAGCAAUGCUGUCAUAAAAAAUCCAAAACACAUGAUUAAUUGUUAUACAAUUUUAAAAAAAAAUUUAAUGUACAUCAUUUAACAGAAUUUAAGUUUGGUUUAUUUCAUUUUCUAACUUUUUCUUGAUUUUUUUAAGAACCCAGAUCUUCUGUUCACUAGCACAUGGGGAGCAUCACAAAAUUGUGCAUUGUGGGGAUUUAGUCGUAACAAUCCUGACGUCUCACUGAAGUAAGUCAUUAAAAGGAAUAAAAUACACUUCUUUUUGAAGGAAAGGUCAAAUAUAAUUUCUUACUCUAAGCUAUUUAUACAUGCUGCUAAGUUUUGUUUUUGUUGAACAAUUGUUAAAUCAUUUGUAUAUUUUAUACUAUUUAUGAAUUUAUUAUUUUUUUAUAGUUGUUUCUUUUUUUUAAAAAUCUUUAUUAUUAUUACAAUCUAGAUACAGAUUUGAUGAACACACAGCUAACCUAGCUAAUCAGAGUGCUGAUCGUUUUAUUGGGACUAAAGAAAUGAUAGCAAGGGUACAAUGUCACUUUGUGCUUAUUUCUUGAAAUUUUAUGAAUUUAUUGUUGAAGUAUAGCCUUUUUUUAAAAUAAUUUUAUUUUCAUUUACAUUUAGUUUUCAUGAAGAGCUUUUAAGUUUGUUUUGUUCAUUCUAAAUCAAAGCAAUGAAUUAAUGAUCUGAAAGCGUUCUUGCAAAAUUAAUUGUUAAAUUAUCUUAACAACAAACCUGAUGUUCUGUUUCAGAUCUAUGACACAAGCACUGGGUCUAUUGUGCAAUCAUUUUAUGAUGAGAACAAGGCCAACAAUUACAAAUACAAUGAAGCCACAUUUAACCCCACAGAUGAUCUUGUCCUGAAUGAUGGCAAUCUUUGGGAUGUUCGUUCUGGCAAGAUGAUUUACAAGUUUGACAAGUUCAACCAGUACACUAGUGGUUGUUUCCACCCCAGGGGUCUGGAGGUUGUCAUCAACUCUGAAAUUGUAUCCUUAUCUUCUCUUUUGCUCACCAAUUAUUCGCCAUAAAUGUAAUACAUUUAUUAAGUAAUUAUUUACAAAAUUCAUAUGUUAUGAUUUUUGUUCUCUCUAUACUUAGUGCAGUCUCCCAUCAAAAUCCUUACUAUUCCUUUUUAGUCGGGAAAAGGGGAAUAUCUCUAUAUUGUUUAGAUGAUGUUUCAGUAUUUGGAUGAUUUUUGUUAGAUCAUUUUCAUACACAUCUAUUCCUACUCAGAAAUCUAAUUUUUUAUAUGUACACAGAAAAUAAAUAAUUUUAUUUUGUUGUGAAGAAUACAAGAUAGAGUUGUGUUUAGGUUAUAGAUAAUACCUUGUUUGAGAAAUAUUAGAUGUUAUUUAUUCACCCUUAACUCUUGUUCAGUGGGACAUCAGAACAUUCCGCCUUCUACACACUGUCCCAGCUCUAGACCAGUGUCAGAUCAUGUUUAAUCACAACGGAGAUGUUAUUUAUGGUAGGUUUAUUGUAACACCCUGCCCAUUAUAAGGUCAAUGUAGCAUGCCACAAAUCUGCUUCAAUUCAUGAUUUGUUUACUUAAGCAGCAGCUGGAACACUUAAUGACUCAACUGAAGGAUCAUUUAAAAACUAUUAUAUAAGCAAUGAUUUGAAAAAAAAUAUUUUGUAGACGGGUGAAACAACCACUUGUUGAAACUAAAUGUUGAUGAUAGGUCAAAGUUCUUUGCAUGUAUAAAACAUUACUGCAAGGAUUCUCUAUUUUUGUUUCUCCUGCUCAGCUGUAAGAGUAGAUGAUGAAAACUUUGGUACCAACGACUUAAGGAGAGAUUACGCUUCCACACUUAGAUCAUUUGAUGCUAUUGAUUAUAGUAAUAUUGGUGAGUAUAGUCAUAUGAAUAAUCCUAAAAUCAUUUUCACUUUGGGAUGAGAUUAAAACUGCCCGGUAGUUUACUCAAGUAUAUCACAUUUCCAAGAUGACAUUUUUAAAAUCUAAAUGAAAUAUAAAUAUAAGAACAAGGUAUGCUAAACUUGAAUAAAUGGACGGGACAAUAGAUUUGGACGUUUUGGCUUAGAGGGCAAAAAUAUAGGUCACCUUCUGGUUCAUAGUCGCCUUCAAGCUGACCCGUCUUACUUUGGAACUAAACCAUGCUCAGUAAGCAGAUGUAGGACUUGUCCCUAUACACUCAAAAAAAAACAUUAGCCGCCUUAAAGGUACCAACAUAAAGGUGCAUUGGGUGUAUCCAUUAUGGCACUUAUUUCUUGCAAUAACACUAUAGAGAGAGUUAAAAUGGAAAAAAAAAUUAUUUAGCUUUUCGGCACCAUAUCUCCACUUGGUAUGAAUCAAAUACUCUCCUACUAAUGUCUCUCACUUUCCCUGUAUUUUUUAUUUCCUUUUUCCUUAGAGUUUAAGUAUCCCUAAAUAUUUUGAUAUGUUAAGAUUCUCUACCUUAUUUUUCACAGUACCAAUAUUUAUAUUCUUUCACUUCCUGUAAUCCUACUUCUGGCAACUUCAUAGACGACCUCCAAAGUUUUUUUUACUAUGCUUUGUUACUUGUUCUACUUCUAUUUGUUUUGUUUGCUGAUGAAGGCCCUAAGUCCUAAGCCGAAAGGUCCAAAUCUUUUGUCCUGUCUAUUUACUCAAGUUUAGCAUACCUUGUUCUUAUAUUUCAUUUACACAACUUGAAGGUGUCAAUCAGUUAUUAUCUUAAAAUCUACAGACACAUUUAUCCAAAACCUAACUACAAUACUUCUACUUAGGGUUUAGACAGAGGUAAAUGGGGAUUCUAUGGUUAUUUCCCAACAAGAAUAUUCUGCACAAAUAAUAUUCUUCAAAAUUUUUGGUGUCUGUUUGUUGCAUGUACAUCAGGGGUGUAAACCUCAAAGAAAAGUAUAUUGGCACCCCAGGCUUCAAUGAAAAAUAAAUAAUUCAAAAAGGGAAAUUGAGGUCUUUUAAAUUUAACCAAAUAUUUUGAGUAUUACUGAAUUAAGCUCGCAGUUGGCAUUUGAAUGCCUCACAUACUCCAGAAAGUCAAUAAUAUAUUUUUAUUACAAGUUUAAAUGGUUCAUUUAGCAGAUAUAUUUUAAAGUUUAGAUUAAUAGUGCCAGUUAAGUCUUGCAAUGUGUUUAAUUGAAUAAAUAAUUGCUUUUGUUACCAAGUCUGGUUUUUGUAAAGAGACCAGUUUUGAAUAGUUGUAUUAUUUUAUAUACGGUUCUUAAAUAUUACUGUUCUAUCUCCUCUUCUGUCUCAGGUACUUUUGAUCUGAAAACCAACAGUAUUUUUGAUGUAGCCAUAGACAGGAAUGAUCUGCUUAUAGGAGUCAUAGAGGUUUGUUUUUGUCCUGUUUACAGUGUGUCUACGUGUUAUCAUAAUUAACUUCAUUUUGCUUCGUUACUUACAAGAUUAUUAGUUGUUCAGAUAAAUGGCAUUAUAUAUUCCCAAAGCAAAAUAGCGCACAGUUUUAAGCAAAAAUUAUUGAGUGUAAAGAUGUAGGCUCAAUGUUUAAUAUAAAUAAGUGAACGUGGUUAACAUUCUGGCUAAAAGCUGUCUUCAAUUGAUAAAAUAUCACACAAGAGGAAAUAUACUUCUAUCUAUGAAUGAUAAAUAAAAUAAUGUGACUAAUGCUCUUUGAAGUGGUCACCAUUGUUACUGCCUUUUUCACCUACUGCCCACAUCUUGGUCCAUUUUGUGUGAAUCACUGACAAGUAAAUCUGUUUAAAAAAACAACUUAAGGGAUACUUAAUCCUAUGAAUGUGAUUGCAUCAUUGGUAUGUUAUAAAAUAAUCUUUGCUUUGUUAAAAUACUGGAGGUUCAUUUUGGACAUUUGAUUUCCAUGACUGUUACAUACUAAAAGUUAACAGAAAGAAUCUGAAUCGGGAAUAACUUGGAAUGCAGCGUUGGAACUUGACUUCUCAAAGCAUCAAUCAACCACAUCAUUAUUUUUUUUACUGGAACUUUCAGUCAAUUGUUGUUGCUAUUCCAGACCUGCUUACCCUCAAACUCUUACAAUCGUACAAUGUCAUCACAAAAUUGUUCAAUAGGUUAUCUUAAUAGUAAAAAAAACCAUACAAUAUAUAUAAUGUAUAAACCUCAAAAUCGUACAUUGUACGCCAAAGUCGUAAGAGUAAACAGGUCUGCUAUUCAGCAAUCUUUCUUUUCCUUCAAAAAUAGAUUUAAAGUUUAUCAUUAUUUGCAUAUUUGGGUUGCCUUCCUUCUUUUAGGUUAUUGGGCUACUGUUUUGUCAGUUAUUUUGUUCUCAUUCUAAAGGUUGAUAUAUUUUAUAAACUAAAUUAAAUUUACACCACAACUUAAAACUGCUUUGUGCUGUCUUCAGUAAAACUUCUUUCUUUGCUCUAAUUGUGAUUUAUAGUUUAUUUAGUGUCUUUAAUCAAAAUAAAUUAGACAAUAAGAUAAGAUAUUAAUUGCACAUGCUUAAUUGGAAAAAACAAUGCUAAAGAAAUGUUAAAUUUUUUCUGUUAAAGAAUACUUCUCAACAUGAGACUGAAUCUGAGGAGGCAUUCUGUCGUAUUUAUGAGCUUGGAAAGAACAGAGAGCCAGAGGAUCAGGUGGGCUUAUUUUUUUUAGCUUUGUAUUGAGCUGUCAGAUGAUAGGUAGAGGGGGAUGUUUAAAGUGGGCAAUAAAUAUGACAAAUUGGCACAAUAAUGAAAGCAAAUAUUUUAGUAAUGUUGCUGUUGCAUGAUCCAUUAUGUCAUUUACUUAAUGAAAGCUAUAUCACUGGUGUAAUUUUGUUCAUUGUUAAAAAACUAUUUUUCCCUUCAUUAAAAUUUAAGUUCAUAAUUAUUAUAAACUUACCUUUUUUUUUUUUUUUUUUUUUUUACACAAAUUUUUUUUUUUUUUUUUUUUUUUUUUUACACAAAAUGUUUGUUUUUUUAAAUUUUUAAGCAUGGAAUAGAUUUACAUAUUUUAAAAAUAAACAUUUACUUAAAUUGAAUGACCUGUUGACCUGGGAUAACAUGAAACAAUUUUUAAAAUUUAAAUUUUACAAAUCACACUGAUCUCAAACGAAUUUUAAAAUAUUUUUUUUUUAAAGUAAAACUUUAAAGAUUUAGAAACUUUAGAUACUAAAGAACCCUUAAAUAUAUAUAUAUUUUUGUUGUUGGUUUGGGGCUAGCAAUCUGUAUGGGUUGUGUAAGCAAAUGUUGCCUAAAAUAUAUGGGAUUUAACCCGGAAAGGUGUGUGAAAACUGAUUUUUUUAAAAUGUACAUUAAUGUGGAUGGCACCAACUUACAAAUUUAGAAAUAUCAAGAGAUGGAUUUUUAUGAAAUUGUGAAUUCUGUUACUACUGGCUACCCAACUUUCUCUUUGUCCUCAUUUCACAGCAGGGUCAAAAUUAAAGUUUGAUUUUUUAAACUUUAUAUAUUCUGAAGGAGUUAAAAUGGCAAUUGCUUUAAUUUCUAAAUUUGUUAAAAUGAUGCCUGGGUUUGUUUUUUUAAAUUCAGUAACUGAUGUUAACUUAAUAAUCAUGCUAAUUUUUUUACAACAGAUGGAAGAUGAUGAUGACAAUGCACAGAAUGAUGAUCAAGAUGAUUAUGAUGAUGAAGAUGAUGAUGAUGAUGACGAUGCUGAUCCCGAUGAUGAUGACUCUGUUGUUGAAUUUGUAGAGGCCUCUUCAGAU